UGUGCCUCCUCUUCUUUUUCUUUCUUUUUCACCCCACCAAAUUCCUUCGUAAUUUUUGUCUUGUAUUUUGUCCUCACAUUUUUUAGCCUAGUCUUUUUUAUUAUUUUCUAGCACUUCUAUCUUUUAAAAUGAGACUUGAUGCUCAAACAGUCGCCGAUUAUAUAGCCGAGUACAUCAAGGAGCGCAUCAACCAGUUCAAGCCAACCGCUGAGCGCCCCUUUGUCAUUGGUCUCCCCACUGGAUCCUCCCCCAUCCUUGUUUACAAGCGCCUUGUCGAGCUCUACAAUGAUGGCAAGCUUUCGUUCAAGAAUGUUGUUUCGUUCAAUAUGGACGAGUACGUUGGCCUGCCCCGCGACCACCCUGAAAGCUACCACAGCUUCAUGUGGCACCAUCUUCUCAAGCACAUUGACAUUCCUCCCGAGAAUGUGAACAUCCUCGACGGCAACGUGGACGACCUCCAGUCCGAGUGCGAGAGAUACGAGGCAAAAAUACAAUUGUAUGGUGGCAUCGAGCUCUUCAUGGGCGGCAUUGGCCCCGACGGCCACAUUGCCUUUAAUGAGCCCGGGAGCUCCCUCCAGAGCCGCACCCGUGUUAAGACCCUUGCCUACGAGACUAUCCUUGCCAACGCGCGUUUCUUUGGCGGUGAUAUUACAAAGGUGCCCAAGCUUGCUCUGACCGUCGGCGUUGGAACCGUCAUGAAUGCCCGCGAGGUUGUCGUUAUCAUCACCGGUGCCAACAAGGCCAUCGCACUCGCCAAAUGCAUCGAGGAGGGUGUCAAUCAUAUGUGGACCGUCUCCGCCAUUCAGACCCACCCGCGCUCGCUUGUUGUUUGCGAUGAUGACGCUACUCUCGAGCUGCAUGUCAAGACUGUCCGUUACUUCAAGAGCAUCGAGCAGGUUCAAGACGAAAUGAUUGGCCGCGAGAACCUUGGUCUCUAUGGCCAGGUUGCAGGCCCUCUCAAGUACAAGAACGUCCCGUCAGGAAACUGAGCUCGGUCAAAUAUUCCAGGCUGGAAUCAGGUAUUGAUUUCUUUAUCACAUAUUGCACCCAAUUUGAAUAAUUAAAAACAGGUUAUUUCAACUCAAACCAAUGACAUUAAUAA